CUCAGAUCAGAAGCUACCUACCUGACCAACCAAGAAAGAAGAGCAGCGGAGCCGUGUUUAAUCAGCCGUGAGCUCCCGUGCGCAUCAUCUCAUCAAGGUCGACCGAUGGCGUUUCUGGGAGGAUCGUUGGGCGUGACAAGGAGCAUCGGCAGCCGGAGAAUGAUGGAGGGGAAGAGCCACGGCCGGUCGGGGUCGUGGCCGCAGGCGCCGGCGCCUGUGAGGCAGCUGUUUUGGAGGCUGAGGCGCGCUGUGCUGAGGCCGAAGCACCGCCCCGUGAGCUUCGGGUACGACCUCAAGAGCUACUCCCAGAACUUCGACGAUGGCUUCGUCCCUGCCCACCGCCUCUAGCUAGCCACACCCGCAGGCCGCAGGGUCUUCUUCUUCUCAAUUUUACUUGCCGCCCGGCCGAACCAUGGCUCGAGGCUGGACCUUGUGAUUUGCUCCUCCUUAGCUCAGCUAGUAUUAGACAGUACUGUUCAUACACAAGUUGCUUAGUGUUGAAAGUCUGAAACUGCCAAUGAAAUGACACAUUGUGUCUAUUCUAAUGUGCUUCCUUCCAUGUAGUCUGCAAGCCCUCCCUUGCCACAAUGGAAUGAGAUUUUAGCUACUCUCUCUGUAAAGAAAUAUGAAAGUAUUUAGAUCACUAAAUACGGAGGGAGUCUUUCUGUUUAUGUCGCGCACUACAAUACACUG